GGUCGGUUGUAUUAUUUGUAAUUUGUUAGAACUUUAUCUAAAAACUAUGGGAGAAGAGUCAAAUUCCGAGGAUUAUAUUACUAUGCUUACCACGGACUGGCCACUGGAAGUUCCCAAUGAGCGCGAUGGUCUACUGCAGCAACUGCAAAAUGAGUUGGCCAAGAAUGAGGCACUGCGUCAACAAAUCGCAGAGCAGGAGCAGUCCAAUCAGGCCAUCUUUGAUCUCCGGGAGGCGGAGCACCGUUCACUGGUCGAAGAGGUGCACCAGCUGAAAAAGAAGUUGCAGGAAAUCGAGGAUGGGAACCUUUGCUGCAUUUGUCUAAUGCCCUGGAAUGCGGAUGGCGACCAUCGCCUCGUCACUCUGACGUGCGGUCAUCUUUUUGGGGAAAGCUGCAUCACGACAUAUUUAAGAGAUUACUAUAAAUGCCCCACUUGCCAUGAUUUUGUAUUUCAGUACUCAGAUCCGAUACGAAUCUUCGGAUGUCAUGUCUUCGCAGCUUCUCAAACUAAUAGCCCAGAUAAAAAACCUCGCAUUUCCAAUGUUAAUAAUUUACCAACUGUUUGAACCCGAAAUUAUUUAUGUUCCUUUAUUUGUU